GGAGCCAGAGGCCGCAGUGCAGAGCGCAGUCGGGGGGCGGCAGCCGCCAGCGGCUAUGGGCGGGGCCCGGUCCGACCCCUGGGCCCCGCGUGGGGCUCGUGGCCCGACCGAGGGGUGUAGCAGACUGCGGAGGAAGGGGGAGGGGUGGGAGUGGCUAGAACCUUGGAAAUGGCUGACAAGGGACCCAGAGGACAGCCCAGUUCAAGCCCUGGUGAGGAUUCAUCUUUAAGAGGCCGUCUUGGACUCGGAGAUUGCAGAGACCCGGAGGAGAGGGACUCUUUCGUCACCUGUCCCCUCCUUCUGGCCUCCAGACCCAGCUGGAUCUCCCCCCCCCCCGCCGCCCCGCCCCCGCUUCCUGCUCAGGGCUGUGGUCAUUUUCCAAAGGCCACACACCCAUCCCAGAGAGACAGCCUUCCUUGUUUAUCCAUGACUUGUCUCCGGAGAGAAGGCCCUUGUGUCCAGAUAAUCUGACAUUCCCUCCCUAUCCCCAGUCUGGACUGAAGUGCUGGUUACCUCUUGGGUUUACCAGUUUGGUAACUAGGGCUGGGCGGCCAAGGAGCCAUGCCUACCUGGGGGGCUGGCUCCCCGUCCCCUGACCGUUUUGCGGUGUCUGCGGAGGCUGAGGACAAGGUGCGGGAACAGCAACCCUAUGUGGAGCGCAUCUUCAGGGUGGGGAUGAGCGUCCUCCCGAAGGACUGUCCUGAGAACCCUCACAUCUGGCUGCAGCUGGAGGGCCCCAAGGAGAAUGCCAGCAGAGCCAAGGAGUACCUGAAGGGUCUCUGCAGCCCAGAGCUACAGAAUGAAAUUCAUUACCCACCCAAACUGCACUGCAUCUUUCUGGGAGCCCAGGGCUUCUUCCUUGAUUGCCUGACUUGGAGCACAUCAGCCCACCUGGUGCCGGGGGCGCCCGGCUCGCUGAUGGUCAGCGGCCUGACCGAGGCCUUUGUCAUGGUCCAGAGCCGAGUGGAGGAGCUGGUGGAGCGGCUGAGCUGGGACUUUCGGCUGGGGCCAUCCCCUGGAGCCUCUCAGUGUGCUGGAGUGCUGAGAGAAUUCUCCUCUCUGCUGCAGUCCCGGGGGGAUGCCCACACAGAGGCCCUGCUGCAGCUGCCCCUUGCUGUCCAGGAAGAACUGCUGAGCCUGGUGCAAGAGGCAUCCAGGGGGCAGGGGCCCCAAGCAUUCCCGUCCUGGGAGUGGGGGAGCCCAGGUCUGCUGGGUGCUCAGCACCAGGGAGUCAGGAGUCCCCUGAGUGACAGCAGGGAGUCUCUGGACACAGGACCUGCAGGGUGGCAGGAGUCAAGGGGAGAGAGAUGUGCUAUGGAGAAGGAGGGGACAAAGCACGGUGGUCCCAGGGAGAUGGAUUUGGGGUGGGAGGAGUGGCCCGGGGAAGAGGCCUCGGAGAGACAAGUGGCCUUCAGGCCACAGUCAGGAGGAGGAGAGGCAGGGCAGGCAGUGCCUCUGAAAGGGAAGGCCCUGGGGAAGGAGGGGGUGCCUCAGGAAAGAGGAAGGUUCUGGGUCCAGGGCGCACCUCCUGGCACCCAGGGCCCCUGUCAGAAGGCAGCCCAGCCCCGGGGAGCCUCCCUCCUGCAGCGGCUCCAUAAUGGGGAAGCCUCACCUCCAAGAGUGCCCAGCCCCCCACCGGCGCCUGAACCCCCUUGGCACUGCGGAGAUCGAGGGGACAGAGGAGACAGGGCAGACAAGCAGCAGGUCGUGGCUCGAGGUCGGGGGUCUCCGUGGAAACGAGGCACCCGGGGGGGUAAUUUGGUGACUGGCACACAGCGUUUCCAGGAGGCCCUCCAGGACCCUUUCACCCUGUGCCUUGCCAAUGUGCCAGGCAAGCCAGACCUCCGCCAUAUUGUCAUCGAUGGCAGCAACGUGGCCAUGGUGCAUGGCCUCCAGCACUACUUCUCCAGCCGGGGCAUUGCCAUUGCUGUGCAGUACUUCUGGGACCGUGGCCACCGCGACAUAACUGUCUUUGUGCCUCAGUGGCGUUUCAGUAGGGACUCCAAGGUCAGAGAGGGUCACUUCCUGCACAAGCUGCAUUCCCUCAGCCUGCUCUCCCUCACUCCCUCCCGGGUCUUGGAUGGCAAGAGGAUCUCUUCCUAUGACGACAGGUUCAUGGUGAAGCUGGCUGAAGAGACCGAUGGGAUCAUUGUCUCCAAUGACCAGUUCCGGGACCUGGCAGAGGAGUCUGAGAAGUGGAUGGCAAUCAUUAGAGAGCGCCUGCUGCCCUUCACCUUCGUGGGAAACCUCUUCAUGGUGCCUGAUGACCCACUGGGGCGAAAUGGCCCUACACUGGAUGAGUUCCUGAAGAAGCCGGACAGGGCACAGGGAUCUUCUAAGGCGCAGCAUUCUGCCAGGGGCUUCACAGAACACAGUAAUCAGCAGCAGGGGAGAAAAGAAGAGGAGAAAGGCAGUGGUGGCAUUCGGAAGACGCGGGAGACAGAGCGGCUCCGGCGCCAACUGCUGGAGGUGUUUUGGGGCCAGGAUCACAAGGUGGACUUCAUCCUGCAGCGGGAGCCGUACUGCCGGGACAUCAACCAGCUCUCUGAGGCCCUGCUCAGUCUCAACUUUUGAGCCUCACCUGUCUGAGUGACUGCCACCCCGUCAGCUCCAGCCUCAUCCAGCUCAGCUCAUUCUGUGAGGGUCCCUCUGCUGCUCAGACCCUGACCCAGUCUCACCCUGAGUUGGUGCUUUGUGUCAGGGAAGCACCAAGGAAGUGCAUUCGUGUGUGGGGAAUGCUCUUGCCUGGGGCACUUUGGGGACAGGUCUGUAAGGUGACCUGAUCUCACCUUGAGUCAGGACCUCAACCAGCUCUCAGGAGGUUCUGCUCAGCCUUAACUUCUUAACCUUGCUUUAUGCAGGGUUUCUGUAGGGAAUGGGGGCUGCUGGGAAGGGUGGGUCACGGAGAUGGGCACUCUCGGCCCCUCCUCCACGCUGAGCUGGGGAUGGAGGCUAGGGUGGGUGGGAGGGGAAUGUAGAACAGGUGGCCAGGAAGCUAAGCCUUUCCUCCUCCUGGCUGCUGCUCUGAUGGCCAGAGGACAGGACGAGUCCCAGGCCUGGCUGAGCUCCUGGGUGCAUCAAAGGGAAUGCUGGGCCCUGGAAAGGCUAGUGUUACGGGGUCUGGGUCACAGUGGGGCAGCGGGGAGCUGGUGGAGAAGGCAGAGGGAGACUUGGCUUCUGGUCUCAGCUAUGCCUGCCUGUGACCUUGAUUGAUCUUGGUCUUUACUUCCGCCUACAAGUCAGGGGUAAAAAAGCCUGUUGGGAGGAGAGAUGAGAACGUGGAGGAAAGCUCCUUGGAGGAAAGGUACUUGGACCAAGCCUCAGGUGUGUCUGUCUGUGGUUGCACAGGCUUCCUAACCAAAACCUCACUUUAGAGAGCUGAGGGUCCUCUGUCCGCAGGACCUGUGCCCUAGAUGUUUUAACACUGCAUCCUCAGUAUAAUGUGCCCUAUAAUGGCUGCGUCCCUUUUGGGCAACCCCCCUCCCCCGCCAAAUCCACAUUUACAAAACGGUUAAUUAGGGGUGACUGUUUGCAUUACCAGAAAACUCUCAGGGUUCCUUCCUAUCAAUGGCAGCUCUCCUGUUGCAUUCAGGUGUUUGUUUACAGUUGAACGAAUGUGUCAGAAAGUCCGCAGUCCCCAGUUAAUGCACUUGCUCGAGCGUUGAGCAGUCACCAAACCAGUGAAGCCAUGUUCUGCGAGCAAAACGUUCAUGUGACCUGACCCUAGCAUCUUCUUUACAGAACAUAUAUGUUGCAUAAAGCGAGACCCACUUCUGCUCUGUGUGUGCGUGUAUGCGGAUGGGAGGGUUUAUAGAGUUUGUAUCUAGAGGAACCAAUCUGGAAAACGAAAAUGGAAGAAUCAGAGUCAGAAGGUACUUGACUGGCCACCAGACCAGCUGCUGUCACCUCAGGACAUUCUCUUUCCUCUUUGAUUCCUACAGGUCGUUGUCCUGUAUCUGCUUGAAAUCCUCCUGUACAAGGGAAUUUACUACCUCCGAGGCAGCACAUCCAUCCGUGGACAGUACUAGUCAGUCCUUCCUUUAGUGCAUCCCCAAAUAUGCUUUUCUGUUACUUCUACCUUUGAGGCCAGUCAUUCCAUCAGGAACAGUACAGAGCCAGUCAACUUCCUAAAGAGUCCAAAACCAGAUAAAGAAGUGAGACAGGUGUUCCUGGAUUCUGUGCUGUCUGGGCCCUGCAGCAAGUCCCUGGACAUGGCCCUCUUUUUAGGCUGACUUCUGUUCCCUGAGUGGCACAGGGAGUUGAAAUCACCCCAGAUCCUUGUAUCAGCAACUAGCAUGUGGAGCUGAAUGAUGAUGGAGAGGGUCCUAGGGUCCCAGUGUCUUUGCCCCUCCCCAUUGGUGAGGUCCACCACUACACUGCACUGAGCUGGGCUGGGCAGGCGAGUUGGAGAGGCUAGUCGGGGUGGUAAGAGUGAUUCAAGGACAACCCAUAGUCUCCUCAGAAGAAAGGAGAUUGGUUAAUAUGGCCUGAAUUGGGGGCUAGGGGAACUGCUUCUGGUCAAACUGUGGCAGAAACCAGGGUCGAGAAAAAGGGGGAGGCUCCUUGAUGAAUACUUGGGACGCUUUUUCCCUGAAAGGAUUGAGUUUGUAACUUUUGUUAGGUUCCUUGUACCUUUCACUUUCAAUGCUGGUGGGUAUGCAGUGGGCUUCGAGGUAUCUUCUGCCCUUUUGUGCUAGGGAUCCUGGUUGACUUAAGUGGCCCCAGUCAGAUGAGAGGCAAGUCCUUAUCUUUUGACAGUCCUAAGCUUUGCACAGCUUUGUCCUGCUGCAGCCUGAUGAACUGGGGCCAGUGUGUGAUUGCUUUAUCAAUUCACUGCUGUUCAGUGACAGACUGAAGGCUGUCCUGGACUUGGACCUUGUCCCUUCCUCUGCUGGCAUCCUAAUGGCACUGCGUGAAACAAGUAUGCAGGGUGACCACAGAGCCCACUGGAAGUGGAUCACCAUUCUUCUUGCCUCUACCUUUGUCAUAACCUCGUGCCUCAAAUUUGUUGCCAACUCUUUUGGCAAUGGAGGGACCAAGAAGGGAGAUGUUGCACAUUAUAACUUUCAAAACCCCAUGUAAAGUAAAGGGUCUCCUAGGAUGGCACUCCUUGAAAUAAAUUUCAGAACCUAGGCCAAAGAGAUGAGCUGAAGCUAGUGAGAUAAUUUAUCUUUAUUGCCUAAACUGUGGAACAUUCUCUACACAGCAAAAAGGAGAAAUGGGCCAGGAACAGGACAUGCAGGGAAACCAAACUUGGGAAUUUAUUUAGGAGCAGUUGAAGAGGUUAAGGUCCCAACUCGAUGAGACUGCAGCCUUGAAACAGCGGACAGUCUCUAAGUUAAAUAAGGUGAGGCAACAGGACAAUGAGAAAGAGGACUCCCUAAGAACCAGAUGGUUCAGGUUUCAAGCAGAGGAGAACCUGAGCUCAUAGUUUCUCAUUAGGAAAGCCCCCGCUGAGGGACAGGCCUCAGGCCCUUCCCUGAGCCUCCCCCACCUAGGCUAUGACUUCCUUCAAGGCGGCCCCCAGCUCUGGGAAGGAAUACUGGUAGCCAGCAGCCAGUGUCCGCCUUGGGACUACCUUCUGGCCCUCCAGCAGCAUGACGGCACGUUCUCGCCCAAAGACAGCUUGUACCACCGUGCUGGGGAGAGGGAUGAGGGCUGGGCGGCCCAGGGCUGCGCCCAAGGCCCGGGCAAACUCAGCGUUGGUAGUGGAGGAGGCUGGAGCCACUCCGUUCAGGACCCCUUGCACGUGGCUGGCUUCAAGGGCGUGGGCUAGGAUUCCUGCCAAGUCUCUGAUGUGAAUCCAGGGGAAGAACUGGUGGCCUGAGCCGAUGGGGCCCCCCAGGCCCAGGCGGAAGGGCAGCAGCAUGUGACCAAUGGCACCGCCUCCACGGCCCAGCACAACCCCUAGAGCGGGCAAGAAGGACGGUACAGGAAGGCCCCUUAGCCUCCAGGCAGUCCCACUGUUCCUCCCUGCUUCCCCUUCCUCACCUUUUCCCCAUGCUGACUGCUCUGUGGCAGGCAAGGGGUGUGGCUCUCUUUGGGAUGUCCCGCCCUCCCACCUGUAGGUUAGCUAGAAGUGGAGGCAUCCUCUGUAAGCCCAGCUCCCCUUAUCCCCCCACCCUCCCAGCCCAGAGAAGGCAUUCCAACCCUGUCUGAUACCCAGGGCCCUGGUUCUCACCGGAGCGCACCACCACUUGGCGUGUAGAAUCUCCAGGAAGCCUCGCUGCAGCUUCCCAUUUGGUUACAAGUUUGGAGAAAAAGUCAAAAUCCCCUCCUGGGCUGUCCUCAUCGUACUCGGCAGUCAGGCUGGGCUGGUAGUAAGCUGCCGGUGGAACAGCAUUUGUUUGCUCUGCGUGUCCUUGGUCCUGUCUGGCCCUUUGCAGUCAAGGCUCCCCUUGGCCUCACCCUCCUUGGCCCUUGGGAUCUCCCCACGGGAACUCAGAGCCAUGGAUAUUUUCCCCUUGAUCUUCUCCAUGAGCUGACCUGUUCCGGCCCUGGAGUCAUUCUUAUCUUUCGUUAUGGGGCUAAGCUGAGGUGCUAGAGUGAGAAGCUAAGAAUAAAGACUUGGGUGCCAGACUGCCUGAGUUUUAAUCUCAGCUCCACCAUUUAUUAACUCUGACUAAAGGCAAGUUACAUAAUGUCUCUGUGCAGAAUUUUUGUAUCUUUAGAAUGGGAAUAAUAGUACCUACUGCAUAGGUUUCUUGUAAGGAUUAAAUGUAAUAUGUGCAAAUCACUUAGAAUAGUGGCUAGUGUGUGUGUGUGUGUGUGUGUGUGUGUGUAUUUAUUUGGUCCCAAAGGUAAAAUACAAGCAUCAAGAAUUCUGUUCCUAAAGAACUGUGCUAUAAGAAAUAAGGGACCUGGAAGUAGGUGGGACUUCCCUGGCACUGGGAGCAGUGCCACUCCCUUCACUUUCUCUGAGGUCCCCAUUUCUCAGUGAAAGUACACAAAAGUCAGGAGAAAUAUGCAUGGAAUGAGGCCCUAGGUAGAUCCCGUGCUUGGAAAAGACCAGCACUCUGGGGCCUGAGCUGCUCCUCACUGUGCUCCCUCCUUUCCCUGGCUAGUCUAAGGGUUGGUGGUGUGGGACAUACCUACACCUGUGACUAAGACCCAGACCUGGGGGGAUUGUGGGGCUUUGGCAAUGGCUCUAGCCAGCAUUUGGGUGGUCUCCAGGCGGCUGCUGAGAACCUCUUUUUGGAAGGCUUCAUUCCACCUGCAGGAGAAACAGGAGAAAUAAAAUGCCACUAAAUACAUGUACAUACCCUUCCUUUCCUCUCUUUCCCUGGGGCCCAUCCAUAUCCGUUUCUAAUAAAACCCUGCAUUGCAGCUUA